AUUGACUUACGAUUUUGGUUGGGUCUUGUUGGGGGCCUGCCACCGGGAGGGAUAUCUCUAAAUUCUAGUUGCGGAGUCGAAAUCUUUGUUAAGAUACCUUAACUUAUCUAAGGCCACUAUCUAUUCUCAGAUAUUCGAUAUUUCCCUCUAUGUAUACCAUAUACAUACGUACGGGCUGUAUUAGAGGCGUUGGCGAUAGGAAAAAUCGCUUUGGUUGAUAGGAGCAAUCAGCGGGUGUGCAACACCCAACGGAGUUUCCAUUCCAGAAGAGCAUUUUUCCUCAGGCGGCCGCGGAAAAGUGACAUGCCACAACUCGGUCCAGUUUCGACUCAAAUCGGUGGCAACGAGAAGCCCAUCCAUAAAUUUCUCAUGGCUAAAUCGCAAGGCUUUGAAAGCAACGAACAACAAAAUGUCCGCGCUCAUAAGUAAUAAAUAAUGUUCGUAUGCGUUUUGGGGUCGCCGGAGUCGUCAGUUAACCAGCUACCUACCCAAAACCGAAUCGAAAACCCAACACAGCGGGCACUCCACCCCGGGGUACCCACUCCAAGUGCCGAUCCCAAUCAACCCCAGUAGCCAUGAUUGUUAACGUUAAUGGCGUCGAUGUCGUUGCUGUUUUGUUGCCGUUGUGGCAUCCGUUCCACGUCUCACGUUUCCCAGCCAAAACAAUGCCCAGCAGCAACCGCACUGAGCACCUCUGGCGGAUUAUUAUGGAUUGCCAGUUAUAGUGAUGAGUCACGCACCUGGUCCCAUUGGCAAACAAAGAUGGAACAGCAGACAACGCAGCAGCAGCAUCAGCAACAGCAACAAUUGCAACAGCAGCAGGCUCUGACCAAGCAGCAGCUUCAACUGCUGGACAAGAUCAAGCUAGAGUCCAGCAACGGCGCCGAUCAGUUGGCCCAGCAGGCGGCAAACAAUCUGGAUGAGCAGCAGGAACAGCAGCAGCAACAGCAACAGCAAGCCGCAACAUCGGUGGGCGUGGUGGUGCAGACGGGACAAGCGGGCGUCAGCGAACCGGAGGAGCAGUACGUGGUGGUGCAACGCAUCCAGCGCCGAAUCCUCACCACAGCGGGCACACUUGAAUUAAACGAAGCUCGUGAAGGAGAACCAAGCACAAACGCCAGCAACGCGAGCUCAGGAUCUGCUCCGGAUAGCCACAUCGAGUACCAGCGCAGUGCACACCAAUCUCCCGGAGCCACCCACUACGUGCAGAUGGCGCCACGCAACGCAGAGGUGACGGAACAGGUGGGAGCUGCUGCCGGAGCUCCGCCGGGCACCAUCUUCGCCUAUUCCUCCGGACAGAUUAUCUGCAGCGGUGACGAUGUGGCCGCGAUCAAAAUUGAAACAAUGGAGAAGGGAGAGACGGCGGGGGAGUCGCAACAACAGCAGCAGCAACUGCAGCAACACCAGCAGCAGCAGCAACAGCAAUGUCCCACGCCCAACGGUGCCAGCUACGGCGAGACCAUAGUGAUCAGCAGCGAGGCGGAGGCACUGCAGCAUCACCACCAACAGCAGCAGCAGCACCAGCAGCAGCAGCAGCAACACCACCAACACCAGGCGGCAGCUGCAGCAUCGGCGGCGGCCCAGACGGUCCACAUUGCGACCAGUUCGCAUGGUGGACCCGUGCGCUUCGUCACGGAGGAUGUACGCUUCACCACCGCCGGACCGGAGACGUCCGCCUCGAAUAUGUACUACGAUGUACCCGUGGUGGAUGGCACGGUGCAUGCCAACGAGUCCAAGACGUACGCCGAUCUGGGCAACGCAUACGCCCCCUUCCCGCCCAGCUCCAGCUUCAGUAGUAAUAGCUAUGCGGCAACGCUGCAGCAGGGAAACACUAUUUACAGUGUUCCGGGCACCGGUCAAUUCUUGGCCAAGUCCGAGUCUGCCCUAAAUCAGCUGCGGCAGGCUGGUCCGGCCACUUUUCAGGCGAUAUCUUUUGAGGGCGGAAACGGCAUCGAGGCUUUAUGGCCAUCUCCCGCCCCGCCGGAGUACCAGAGUGUUCAAUUUGUUAUUGAUGAAUACGGGGGCGGCAAUAUGGGCACCUCCCACUGGCCGCCCGCCAGCAGCCUAGGGCAAUACGAUGUAAGUCCGGUGACGGCCUCGUCCACCUCGUCGCCCAACCACGAGCUGAAGUGCGAGAACUGCCAUGCACCGUUCUUGCGGAAGGGUAACGAGUACUUCUGCCCCAACUGCCCGUCCUUCAUGCGGAUGACGCCCCGUAUGCCCCAGCGGCAGGCGAAGCCCAAGGCCGCCGCCGCCCCCAACAACCGCCGCAACGGGGUCACCUGCGCCAACUGCCAGACCAACUCGACCACCCUGUGGCGUCGCAACAACGAGGGCAAUCCGGUGUGCAAUGCCUGUGGACUGUACUUCAAGUUGCACAACAUGAAUCGACCGCUGUCGAUGAAGAAGGAGGGCAUCCAGAAGCGCAAACGGAAGCCUAAGAACACCGGAGGAGCGCCCAUGCACCGAGCACCGCUGCCGAGCAUGUCGCAAGGAGUCAACCUAAUGGCCAACAGCCCGCUUUAUCCUUCCCAAGUGCCGGUUAGCAUGCUGAAUAGCCAGCAGAAUGCCAGUCCGGAGCUGCACGACAUGUCGACGACGGGUCCAGCGGGUGGACAACGGGUGGUGGCCAUUUCGCUGAAUGCGACGGCACCGCCCACCACCGACGGAACGCUCAACAUGUCCGCCCGUCAUCACGUGACCGGCGAGAGCCAUUCUCCGUACAGCCAGCAAUCAACGCCACAGAGUCAAUCGCCGCAUCUGCCCGGCACGGUGCCGAUAAACCGUCAGAUAGUUCAGCCAGUACCCACCAUCGAAAGCAGUCGCAGCUCCAACACCGAACUGACCCCCAGCGUAAUUACGCGCACUGGUCUGCCAGAGCGAUCAUCGAAUAACUAAGCUAGCUUUGACUUAAGCUACGCACUAAAGUAACCUAUAGUUAACCUAACCCAAAUGUCAAAAAUUGCCAAAAUAUUUAUUUAAGCCCUAGCUAGUUAGUCAUACCAUAUAGCCAAGACCAAUGUCCCAGUUAGAGGAAGACUUUGCCGCGUUUCCUGGUUUUGAGUAACCAUUUUACCUGGCAGAUGUCUUCCUCCUUUUAGUCAACUGCUUACAGCAAAUAGUUUGGAAAUGAUUUGUGCCAACCACUUAGGAUCGCUGUACUCUAUAUAGAGGUAGUUUAGCCCAAGACAGCACAAGCCCAUAAUGAAGCCUACGAUUUUGUAUGUUUAAGCCUCUUUUUAAUUCUACAAAAUAAAUAAGUUGUAAACGCAA